GGAUAGCAGUGGUGGCAGUGGCGCUUGUGCUUUGUGUUUUUGUUGUGAAAAAGAGCGAUAACCUUUCUUAAACACGGAAGGCGGCGAACUGAAUCUAGGUUGACUUGCAUAACAAAUUUAACGAUUUUUUUCAAAUAAUAGUUCAUUAUGCCUUCAGUUUCUAAUUAUGGUACACCAUGUGGUCCAAGUCAAAUGCAUGCUCAAGGUAUGUUUGAACUUUCAGUCAAUAGUAACAAACCUGUAACGUACUCAAGUAAACAACCCCACCAUGCUGAACAAUUUAGUGCUUCAGGAUUAAAUAAUACUGCCAAUGCUGUUCCUAAUUUCCAUGGUUCAUCAAAUGGUUACUAUGGCUAUCAUAUGUUAACAUCAUCCAGCAUCAGUAAUAGAGCAGAAUCCAGCGAUGAAUGUUUAAUGGAUACUGACGAUUUCUGCAACCAACGGAUGACUAGUCACCCGAACAACGAUCGAUUGAUUGACGAUGCUAGACGAAAGAGGGCACUUGCUCCUACCACUGAAAAUCAUCCAAAGAGACCAAGACAAGAGUGCAUUUCGGAUGGCUUUCGUUUGGAAGGCUCACCACAACCACCUCCAACAACACAUCAGAGCAGAAGUAUGGAUAAUUCUUCAAACUUUAAUUCUUAUAGAUGCUCUAUGAUGAGCCAUUACAUAUGAACGAAUUUCUUUUUAAACAACGAGCUCAAUAAUUUCAUUUUCAUUGAUAUGUUAAUUGAAGCAGUUUGUUGGUAACGAGGUAGUGUUAUCAUAUUCAGAUUCAUUCUCCAUUGAAUAAUAGACCUACUUCUUAUUCGAAAUUCAGUUAUACCAUAGAGAAACAAUAGCGUAAGUAGAUAUCCCAUGGUAUUGGGUGUUUAUGUUGCAACUUUUACUGUUAUCUCAAGCCGAUUACUGUCUAUUAU